CUCUUUAAAAAAUGGCGACCUCCAUAGGAAGACAGAAACUGGGUUCCAUUAUUCUUAACCAUAAGAACUCAAUGCAGUGUUUAUUUUGUCGCACUUUGCUGAGUGAAGCAGACACAAAACUGGAUCGUUUUCUCAGGCAAAGAUUAUUUCGUAUUGAUGUUCUUGGUACAGCAGGAAAAGCAUCUUUAGUAGAAAAAUUGAAUAAAAUUCAAACUCCAGCAGAAGCCAAAGUCGCUACAUAUGACAUUGUAGACUUGAUACAUGUAGCUGAGUCUAAAACAGAUAUACUGUUAAUAGAGAAGCUAACUGAAUUUAUCAGUCAGUCAGAUGUUGUAGAUAUAGAAAAUAUACACUUGGGAGCAUCUGUCUUGAGGCUGUACAGUUAUCUUGGUUUACCUACUGAAGCUUAUGCUCUAUACAAAAACUCUCUGUGUUCAAAGUUUUUUGAUGACAUCACAAGUCAUAAAAUAUUGAUGGAUUUCCUUUUCAAGUCCAAACAGUAUGAGCGAGUGCUUGAUGUGUAUUCUGGCCUGAAAUCUUUUAAUAUAGACUGUGUCACUCUAGCAAUGGCCUCUUAUUAUCAUAUUAAUUCUACAGAGAGCCAUGCUGCCUGUUAUAAACUGGCCCAUAACCUGAUGCAAGAACAUAAUUUGCCUCGGAGAGCUUUGUUGUAUGCUGCUAUGCUAGCAAUAAACCAAAACAAGCCUAAAGAUGCUUUAAAAAUAUUAGAGCGCUGUAAAGAAUAUAUAGUUAUUUUAAACAUGAAAUUGAUUUGUUAUGCCAAGUUGAAAAAUUUUACUGCUCUUUUGAAUACUCUGGAAUAUAUAAAUAAAAAAUCAGAUGAUGUGACUCAACCUUUAAGCAUGAGACUUUAUGUUGAUACAAUGAAUGAGAUGCAGGCAGCUUUCACGGAAAACAGUACACAGGAGGAGUUGAAGACUUUCUCUAAACUUCUUGAAGACUUGAAACCUAAAGGUGUUUUCAGCAAACAAAGCGUUACCAUUUUUCUUGAUAGAACUAUCCCAGGAGAUGUUGGGUACGCAAAAGAAAGUGGCAAACUUAAAGUAGUUAGAAAUUUAAUUAAUUACUAAAAUCUACUUUGUACAUAAAAAUCAUUGAAUUGUAAAUUUAGUGAAAAAAUACUGAUAGUACUUGAAAGAGAUUUGAUUUCCUCAAUAACUUAAAAUGAGUUGAGACUUAAAAUAAAUAUGUAACAUAUUAAAGUUUGUAAUAUUAAAUUAGUUUUCAGAAGGUAGACCUAGCUAGUACACAAUUUAAAUGUAAAUAAUAUUUUCCUGAUUAACCACAGCCAGUGCUUACUUAUGAAUGUCUAAUCUAGAAUUGUAUUGUAAUGUUCAGGUACAACUUGACCUUUUAAAUUUUCAUAAAAAGUAAUUUUUUUAGUUUUAUAAUUUUCUGGCAAGCAUUAAAAAACUUUAUAAAUUCUAAGUCUUUCCUUGUUAAAAAUGAAUAAAAAAAACUUAAAUUCAUUUUAUAUUUAAUGGUAAAAAUAAUUCAAUUUUAAUUAUUAAGGAACAUUAUAGUACCAAUUUUCCAUCACCUUGUUUUAGCCUUUUUUGCACAAAUAAUUUACAGUACAGUCUUGUAUUUUGUGACGUUAAAAAUAUGCUAAUAUGUGCUACCUUCUUUCUUCCUGACUUUUUCACUUGCUCAUUUGUUGUUAACUAAUAAUUGCAGUUAAUCAGAUAAUGGAACCACAGCAUUUCUGUUAAGAAAAAUGCAUAACAAAAA